ACCGGAAUUUGUGCUGGAGGUGCUGUAAUCACGGCACUCUUCGCUCUUUUCAUCACAAGGUCUAAACCUCCCACUCCAGUAGCUGCAUCCCAUGAUGCCGAUGUUGAAAUACCGGCAUUCUUGGAAGGAGUGAAACGGUGUUUCCGCUCGAGAACCUACUGGACACUCGCCAUCUGUUUAGGAGGCGGCGUUGGUUUGUUUAAUGCCCUCUAUAAUAAUCUACAGCCUGCAUUAUGUGUUAUGGGAUAUUCGUUAGCAUUCAGUGGAGGAAUGGGAACCCUACUUAUCAUGAGUGGACUUGUUGGGGCAGCAAUAGCUGGUAUAUAUGUGGAUAAAAACAGGGAAAAUUCGAGCAGCGUAGUUGUGAUUGCUGAAUUAUUGUUCUUAUUUGUGGUCCCCCAAGUGUCGAUCAACUAUGAGGGCCAAGAAGGAUGGGUCAUCACAUCUAUAUUUUUGUUCGGUGCAUUUGGAUUUGCAAUAUAUCCACUUGGACUUGAGAUGGGUGUCGAGGCGACAUUCCCUGUUGCUGAAGCCACAUCCACUGGGCUAAUAAUCAUGAUAGGGUAA